CAAACAAUAGCUAGCACAGUCCUGCAGCCAAGCGUAAGUUGGACAAAGGAGACUACUCCAGAACUACAGAUAUCCUGCAUAUGCACCAACAAAUGCACCUUGGGCAUAAACGCUGCCCAACUCGCGAUUCCAUCUCCCCAAUCUCCAACUCAACACUUCUCUCAACUCAAUCUCUACUACACGAAACCAUCAUCACUUCUUCAUCUCGAAAAGCAUAGCCAAAAAGACAAUUCAGCACACCCGCCUCAAACACCAACAAUGCUCCCCCCCAAACCACAAACCCAAUCCACCGAAAACCUCCUCCUCAAAUGCCAAAAAGAAACUCACAAAAAAUGCCUCCCCCCAGAAUGGUCCAUCCACCCCGCCAACAAAGAAAUCCUCCCUCCCCCGGACACCCUCGCCCUCGCCAUCCAAAUCGACGCAUCCUCCUCCUCCUCCUCCCUAACCCGCAUCAACUUCCUCGACGCCGCCUCCAACCGCUCCGUCGGCUCCAUCCUCGGCGCCGAAUACCGCGGCUCCAUUGUCGUCGUGCCGUGGCGCCCCGGGCUCAAAUUCGUCUGCGUCGCGACGGAUCGACGGCGCAGUGGGUGCCGCAUCGGCGUAGUGAGGGAGGCUAAAAGAGGAGCUGCAGCAGCAGUAGCGAGGAUGAAGAAGAAGGAUGCUGUUGUUGCUACUGCUGUUGCCGCUGCCGCAAAGAGGAAUGCUGGCGGAGGCAGAAACAUCAGCAGUAACAAGACCCUUGCCGUUGAUAAUAGCCAUCGUGCGUCAAUUGGCUCUUCUGCUAGUAGCAGUGGCAGUCCGACUAGGAGUCGCAUUCCUACUCUUAAAGGACAGCGCAUGAGCAUCAAGAAAUACGAAAACAACAGACAUGUAAGCGUCAACGCUGCGAGGGCUAUUGGGAACAAAUCGAGAAUUCCAAGAAGGCGAGUCGUAGAACAAUGCUGCUAA